CUAAAAUCAAAUGUAUUUAACAAAUGAUAACAUGACGUAUUUUGUCGUUGUAAACUUUUAAAUGUUAACUGUAACAGAAAAUAAGAAUUUAUUGAAUAAUCUGAAAAGUGAAGCAAUGGUUUUGAAGCUUAUAGACUUGAAAUACCUAAAUGGAAAUAUCAAAGUAUAUGUUUGAAUCGUGUCACUAAGAAUGGAUCACAUACAGGAAGUACAGCAGCUGGAGUUGCUAUGCAAGCAAUUGUACGAAUCACAAAAUUCUGCGCAUCGUGCAGAGGCUGAAAAGGCACUCGUUGCUUUUCAAAAUGCACCAGAUACGCUUACAAAGUGUCAGCUCCUACUUGAUCGGGGAAAUUCUGCGUAUGCUCAAUUAUUAGCAGCCACUACAUUGACAAAACUGGUUUCACGCUCGGGAGGGCUCAGUUUGCAACAAAGGCUCGACAUAUGGAACUAUGUUCUCACCUAUUUAGCAACUCAACCAAAAUUACCAAAUUUUGUAAUACAAGCUUUGGUUACAUUAUUUGCUAGGAUAUCGAAGCUUGGUUGGUUCGAUUCCGACAAAGAUGAAUUUGUCUUUAGAAAUGUGGUUAACGAUGUAGCAAAAUUUCUUCAGGGAUCCGUGGAACACUGUAUGAUAGGAGUACAAUUACUUUCUCAAUUGACUUGCGAAAUGAAUCAAGUAUCGGAUGCUGAUGCAAAUAGGUCUCUUACAAAGCAUAGAAAAAUUGCCAGUAGCUUCAGAGAUACACAGCUUUUUGAAAUAUUUAAGUUAUCGUGUACCUUACUGAGUACAGCACGCGAGAAUUGUAAAAAUCUAAAUUUUAACGAUGAAGCACAACAUGGUCUGAUGAGACAGCUUUUAAAACUGGCACACAACUGUCUAACAUUUGACUUUCUUGGAACGUCAGCGGAUGAAAGCGACGAUCUUUGUGCGAUACAAAUUCCAAACAAUUGGCGGCCCAUAUUUCUGGAUCCUACAUCGUUAAAACUUUUCUUUGAUCUAUACCAUAGUCUACCCAACUCAUUGUCAUCUUUGGCUCUUUCGUGUUUAGUCCAAAUAGCAUCUAUCAGAAGAAGUUUAUUUUCAAAUUCCGAAAGGACACAAUUUUUAACACACUUGGUUAACGGUGUGAUAAACAUAAUACAAAAUUUAAGGGGCCUGAGCGACCCUGGGAACUAUCACGAAUUUUGUAGAUUACUGUUAAGGUUAAAAAGCAAUUUUCAACUUGGCGAACUGAUUUCACUCGAACAUUAUCCAGAAGAUAUACAAUUAAUCGCAAAAUUUACAGUCCAAAGUUUACAAAUGUGGCAAUUCUCACCCAAUAGUUUGCACUACCUUUUAACUUUGUGGCAAAAGAUGGUGUCAUCUAUACCAUAUGUAAAAUCCGGUGAUCUACAUUUAUUAGACAUAUACACACCGGAAGUUGUGAAUGCAUAUAUUACUUCGAGAUUCGAGUCGGUUGCGGUAGUGGUUAGGGAACGUUUGGAAGAUCCGCUCGAUGAUUUAGGAGUGGUACAACAACAAUUAGAGCAAAUAUCGGUAAUCGGAAGAUGUGAAUAUCAAAAGACAUAUACAUUGUUGGUACAGCUCUUUGAUCAAGCUGCUAGAACGUAUCAAGAGUUAAUGACACAGACAGCAUCUCCUACUCAACAAAUGGAUAUCACUAUACAAGAGGGUCAACUCACGUGGCUUGUAUACAUUAUAGGUGGCGUCAUUGGUGGAAAAGUAACAUUUAAUUGUAACGAAGAGUUAGAUGCGAUGGAUGGCGAAUUAGUCUGCAAAGUACUUCAGUUAAUGAAUUUGACCGACUCGAGACUUGCACAAGGUGGCUGUGAAAAAUUGGAGUCAGCAAUGUUGAGCUUUUUCGAACAAUUUCGUAAGAUAUAUGUAGGCGAACAAGUUCAAAAAACUCCCAAGGUAUAUAGAAGACUGUCGGACGUUUUGGGGGUGAAUGAUGAAUCUAUGAUACUCGGUAUUCUAAUUCGAAAAAUAAUAACGAACUUGAAAUAUUGGGGCCGUAGUGAACAAAUUAUUUCGAAAACAUUACAGUUAUUGAAUGAUCUAUCUGUGGGUUAUAGCUGCGUUCGUAAACUUGUAAAAUUAGAAGAAGUACAAUUUAUGCUCAACAAUCACACAGGAGAGCAUUUUCCAUUUUUGGGAAACAAUGUUCCUGUAACGGAAAUGCGUUGUAGAUCAAUGUUCUACACAUCCUUGGGUAGAUUAUUGAUGGUAGAUUUAGGUGAAGACGAAGAAAGGUUUCACACUUUUAUGUUACCUCUAACAGCUGCAUUAGAAAGUUUGGGACAAUUAAUGGGCGCUGCUGAUCCUUCACUUUUCGCGGCAGAAGAAGCGAAAAAAGCAGUAAUCGGUUUAGCGAGAGAUUUGAGAGGUUUAGCUUUUGCAUUUAAUACAGUGACAUCGUACAUGAUGUUCUUCGACUGGAUAUAUCCAAAUUAUACACCGAUUUUAUUACAUUUUGUGGAAUUAUGGCAUUACGAACCACAAGUCACUACUCCCGUCCUAAAAUUAUUUGCUGAAUUAGUACAAAAUAGAAGUCAACGAUUACUGUUCGAGGCAUCUUCUCCAAACGGAAUUUUAUUAUUUCGUGAAGCUAGUAAAGUGAUAUGUAGUUACGGUAAUCGUAUAUUGAAUGUUGAAGUUCCGAAAGAUCAAAUUUAUCCUUUAAAACUGAAAGGAAUAAGUAUAUGCUUUAGUAUGCUAAAAGCUGCUUUGUGUGGAAAUUACGUGAAUUUUGGAACGUUCAGAUUGUACGGCGAUGAGGCUCUAGAUAAUGCGCUUAAUACAUUUGUAAAAUUACUCCUUAGUAUACCACAAAGUGAUUUAUUGGAUUACCCAAAGUUAUCUACAACAUAUUACGCGUUACUAGAAUACUUGGCACAGGAUCAUAUGGUUUUCCUCUCCACCCUAGAACCCAGACUUUUCUUGUACAUUCUAUCGAGCAUCAGUGAAGGCCUUACAACACUAGGUGCGCAAAAAGACUCCUAUACAGAUACAAUGGUUUGUACCGGUUGUUGUGCAACACUGGAUCACAUUGUGACAUAUUUAUUUAAACAAAUGUAUCCAAAAGGGGGCUAUGCAAGGAGAAAAAAUGCUGUUGUACCAGGAGGAGGAGAUUUAUUUUUACAAGUCUUAAAACAACAUCCGGAAAUCCUUCAACAAAUAUUAAGUACUGUUUUAAAUGUGAUAAUGUUUGAAGAUUGUAGAAAUCAAUGGAGUAUGUCACGUCCGCUAUUGGGAUUAAUUCUUUUAAACGAAGAUUAUUUUAAUCAAUUACGAGAAAAUAUUAUUAGAAGCCAACCGGUUAAUAAGCAGGCAACAAUGGCACAGUGGUUCGAAAAUUUAAUGGAAGGAAUUGAAAGAAAUUUACUCACAAGGAAUAGAGAUAGGUUUACACAAAAUUUGUCAUCGCUUAUAAAAGAUAUAAUAAAUGAUACCUCGAAAGGACCUUCUUACACGUCUGCAAAUACUAUCAAUGAAAUGAUGACGUAGUGAUACCGCUCUCUUUCUAUUAGAUUCUUCUAGGUUCUUGCCUGCCAAAUGCUUGAAUGUGUGUGCGAGUGAAAUUAUAAAUUAUGGUGGAUUUAAAAUUAUGGUUUUAGAUGAGUAUAAAGAUAAUAAAUUAAGUACUGUUGCUUUAUAGAAUCAUUAUUGUUUGGCUUCCUAUUCUCUUACUUUGUUUUAAAAAUUCUUUCAAACUAUAUAACCAUUUAAAACUAUAGCAUAACAAAAUUCAUAUUCAUUUGUUAAAUGUUAAAUGUUUUAGUAUACUUAUCAGUUUGAUAUUAAUA